ACGUCUACACUGCAAGAGCAUUACACUUCACAUCAACCUCUUCCUCGCCUUCAUUCUGAGGGCCUCCAUCUCAUUCAUGAAAGACCGCCUGUUGGUCAACGGACUAGGACUUCCACAAGACGUCAAACACAACGGAGGGGGUCUGGAGUUUAUACUGGAAGGAACACACUGGGAAUGCCGGACUCUGUUUGUGAUGCUGAUGUUUGCCAUCUCGGCCAGUCAGACUUGGAUGCUAAUGGAGGGGCUGUAUCUCUACCUGCUCAUCCACAAGACGAUGGCGACUGAAAGGCUGGGUGUCAACCCCUAUGUCAUAGUUGGCUGGGCCUUGCCAUGGACUUUUCUCAUACCCUGGAUUGUUGUCAAAUCCAACUUUGAAAACACAUACUGUUGGAAUAUGCAAGAGGAUCCCGCCUAUUUCUGGAUACUGAAGGGACCAUGGACUGCCAUUGUUUUCAUAAACUUUUUCUUUUUUCUGGACAUUAUACGCGUCCUAAUGACACGAGUCAGAGACAGUCAGAGGCACGCAGGUAGAUCUCAGUACAGAAAAUUCGGAAAAUUUAUUCUCGUUCUCAUUCCGCUAUUUGGAAUCAUGUACAUAGUAUUAAACGUGGCCUUCCCCUCAGAGGUUCAAGGUCGAGGAUACAAUGUCAUUUACCUCUACGUUGAAAUGGGCUACAACUCAUUUCAGGGAUUCAUACUGGCUCUGCUGUUCUGUUUUCUGAAUGAAGAUGUCCAUACCGAAAUUCGCCGAUCUUGGCAAAGACAUAAAUUUCGGAGACAAAACAGCAACAUCUUUAGAAGCUCAAGACCCCAGAGCUCGUGGCAUAGAACCUCAAAGUCAUCUGGUAUCAGUCAAACUGCAAACCAAAAUGGCUUCAAUACUUCAAGCCAGAAGCGCAGUCAAGAUCCUCAAAACAAGCCGUUGGCGAAAUCUUUAUCGAUGUAUUCAACAUUUGUAUCUAACGGUGCAGCUUUAGUCAACUGUGAAGGAAGUCGAGUGGUUUCUCAAACCCAGCUUGCGAACAGCUCAUAUAGAAACAGUUUUACAGACAUCGGCACUAAACAGAUGACAUUUCUGUGA